AUGGUGUCACGACUUCCCGUUACGGGCGUCGAAGUCGUUCGCGAUACUAUUCGAUAUUCUGGGGUAUCCACUCCGAUUUCCGAACGGGAAGGCUUGGGGAUUCGAGGCUUGGUACCCGCUGCCUUUCUCCCACUCGAACUCGACGUCGAACGAUGCAUGUUGCAAAUGCGGUCCAAAGAAUCGCCACUGGAAAAGUACAUUUAUCUGCACAACAUUCAGGAUGUCUCGGAACGUCUCUUUUAUGCUAUUCUUUGCAAGUACACGUCCGAAGUCAUGCCGUUGGUCUACACACCCACCGUCGGUGAAGCAUGUCAGAACUUUUCGGCCAUUUAUCGGGGUACGCUUCGCGGCAUGUACUUUUCGCUAGAAGAUUCGGGCAAGAUUCGUACACUCCUCGACAAUUGGUUUACCUCCAAGAUUACUACAAUUGUUGUCACGGAUGGUGAACGGAUUCUAGGAUUGGGUGAUCUCGGUGUCAACGGUAUGGGUAUUCCCAUUGGGAAAUUGGCCCUGUACACGGCCUGCGGUGGCAUCGAUCCGGCCAAGGUCUUGCCGGUACACAUUGACGUGGGCACCAACAACGAGGAAAAUCUGAACGAUCCGUACUACCUCGGUCUUCGACGGCCUCGGGAGCGAGGGCAAGCCUACGAUGAUUUGAUUGCCGAGUUCUUUGAAGCUGCUCAGAACAAAUUCGGAGCCAAUGUGAUGAUUCAAUUCGAGGACUUUGGUAACUUGAACGCCUUCCGGCUACUAAGUGCGUGGCAAGACAAGGCCUGCACUUUCAAUGACGAUAUUCAAGGAACGGCAGCCGUGGCUCUGGCCGGUUUGCUUGCUUCCAACCGACUCACUGGCAAAGACUUGAUUGAUCACAUUUUUUUGUUUGCCGGCGCGGGGGAAGCCGGGACCGGUAUUGCUGAACUAUUGGCGCUCGCCAUUGCCGAGAAGGGCCACUUACCAAUUGAACAAGCUCGGAAGAAGAUCUUUCUCGUCGAUUCGAAGGGUUUGGUGACCAAAUCGCGUUUGGAUAGCCUACAGCACCACAAGGUCGAUUUUGCGCACGAUGUGGACGACUGCCCAAACUUGUUAGCAGCAAUCGACAUGCUCAAGCCUACCGGAUUGAUCGGUGUAUCCGCCAUUCCGAAUUCGUUUACGAAAGAAAUUUGCGAAAACAUGGCUGCCCACAACAAAAUUCCGGUCAUUUUUGCGUUGAGCAAUCCUACGUCCAAGGCGGAAUGCACGGCGCAAGAAGCCUAUGAAUGGACCGAUGGGCGUGCAAUUUUUUGCAGCGGCAGUCCAUUUGAUCCGGUGACGUUGCAGGAUGGGCGCCAACGUGUCCCGGGGCAGGGCAACAACGCAUACAUUUUCCCGGGCAUUGGGCUUGGCGUAUUGGCGGCCGGAUCUACUCGCAUUACAAAUUACGAUAUGCUGUUGGCAGCGGAAACGUUGGCGGCGGAAGUAGGUCCCGAAGAGUUGGACGUCGGUUGCAUGUAUCCUCCACUGUCUCGGAUCAGACAGGUUUCGAAAAACAUUGCAAUCGCCGUUGCCAAUCAGGCGCACGAAACGGGAGUAGCAACCGAGCAGAGACCGGUGGAUAUGGGAAAGUACGUGGAAUCACUCAUGUACGAUCCAUUUGAGGAGGUUGACGUUCACUUGGGAUCCAAGAAGUAG